GCCUAAUUUUAGGCUAACCCACGUGCAGACCUCUACUUUUAACCACACUUUUCAAAAUACUGCUGUGUUUCUUGUUACGAUUUCUUGAUUUAUAAGACGCAAAAUGGUGAAAAUAGCAAAACGCAGUUCCAACCGAACGCCUGCGAAACUCCGCUAUAAAAUCGAAAAGAAAGUCCGUGAAGCAAACCGCAAAAAGCGCAGGGAAGCAAAGAAAAACCCGAAAAGCAAGAAACAGAAAACGUUUGAAGUCCCCAAUAUAUGUCCCUUCAAAGAAGACAUCCUCAAGGAGGUAGAACAGCUUAAGAAACAGAAAGAAGCAGAAAGACAAAAGCUCAGAGACCAAGCAAAGUUAGAGCGGCAACAGAAAAAAGAAGCUGACAAGACAACAACUUUAGAAGGUUUAGUCACAAAUGCACAGACACGCGGUAAAAUUCACGACACCUUGACACCUACAACAAAACAAACAUCAGAAUUGAAUAAAAGCCAAGAAAACUCACUCAAGGCUUAUUAUAAAGAGUUUAGGAAAGUUGUUGAGGCAGCAGAUGUUGUAUUAGAAGUAGUAGAUGCAAGAGAUCCACAAGGAACCAGAUGUCUGCAGGUGGAGGAAGCUGUCAGGGAAGCUCCAGGCAGUAAAAGACUGGUUAUUGUGGUGAAUAAAGCUGACUUAGUACCCAGGGAGAACCUGGAUGCUUGGUUAAAGUAUCUUCGGAAGACUACACCUGCAGUUGCUUUCAAAGCAUCCACACAGACUCAAUCUAGGAAGUUAGGACAUAAAAAGAUGGCUUUGACAAAGAACUCCAAAGCAAUGCAGAAUUCUGCUUGUGUAGGUGCUGAGAUGUUAAUGUCUGUGUUGGCGAACUAUUGUAGAAAUAAAGGAAUCAAAACUUCUAUUCGAGUGGGGAUUGUGGGGUUGCCUAAUGUUGGCAAAAGUUCUUUAAUUAACAGUUUAAAGAGGUCCAGGGCUUGUAAUGUUGGUGCUACUCCAGGUGUCACAAAGCAAAUGCAAGAAGUGCAACUGGAUUCGAAAAUUAAACUUUUGGACUCUCCUGGUAUUGUAUUCGCCUCUGGUGAUGACAGUAGUUCAUCAUUAAGAAACGCAGUGAAAGUUACUUCACUGAGUGACCCGGUAAAACCAGCAAAUGCCAUUUUACAGCGCGUUACUAAGCAGCAAAUGAUGGAAAUGUACGAUAUCACUGAAUAUUCUACUCCUGAUGAGUUUUAUGCCAAGAAAGCAGCGAGAAUGGGACGUUUUAAGCGUGGAGGAGUGCCGGAUUCGAUGGCGGCUGCUAGAGGUUUACUUGAGGAUUGGAACAAUGGUAAAAUUAAAUAUUAUACCGUUCCACCAGAGGAUGACCCUUCGGUGCAUAUUAGUUCGACGAUCGUGAAGGAAGUCGCUGCGGAGUUUGAUGUGGAACAGUUUGAAACUAUGGAAACCGAUGUGAUGAAACAGUUGGAGAAAGAAAAUGUUGGUGGGAAUGCGAAUACAAUGCUUUUGGAGAGUUUGGGGCCGGUUACACUUGAGGAGCAGAUGGACGAUGACAAGACUACUGAUAAUCUUAUAUCCGAGAAUGUUAGUGUAAAGACAACGAAAAAAGUCAAGAAGGUCGUAAAACAAGCGCGACUUAAGAAAGUUGAUCCAGAAAUGGAACUGGAAGGCAAUUUGAAACUGAAUCAAGCUAAAAAGGCGCAAUUCAAAAAAGCUAAGAAGGAAAAGAACCGCAAAGAACGAGUUGAUUUGCAACUCUCAGCAGGUUUGGACAACUUUACACUAAACACAAAAGAUGAGGAAUAUGAUUUUGAACAAGACUUUCAAAUGUAAUGUAAUACUUAACCCUUUAAGUAAAUGAAUACACAUUACACAUACAUAUAAAAA